AUGGAUUUCUUCGUCAGAAAUGGCGAAGAGCCGUACAUGCAGUUCUCGAAUUUCAAACUACGAAGUUACUUUCCUCACGAAGUCGACAAGCUCAGUGUGCUCCGAAUCACACAGACCAAAACCUUCGAUGAGGUUGGUUGGCUUUAGGCCUAAUUCUUGGAUUUUUGUUGGUUUUCAGGUCGGUCACCCGAUUGCCGGCGGUCUUUACGAUCCGAUUCUGGGCCCUGACAACGUUUUCGACAAGUGCAACACGUGUAAUCAGUACGAAAGGCAUUGUCCCGGACACAUGGGCCACAUUCAGCUCGCUGUGCCCGUCUUCAACCCGCUUCUCUUUCAAUUCACGUACAAUGUAGGUUUUGUAACAUGAAACGUUGAUUUUCCAAAUAAAAAUUCGAAUUUUCAGCUUCUGAAAGGCUCGUGCGUGCACUGUCAUCGAUUAACGUGCAAAGGCGACGGCGUGAACGCGCGACUGCUCAUCGCACAGCUCCGAUGCUUCGAAUUGGGCGUGGAGUACGUCGCCUUCGACCUGGAAUCGAUUCUCCGCGAAAAGAUUAACAAUAGCGAUUUGUUCGACGAGGACGACUCGAAAGCAUUCACCGAUGUCGAUUCGUGCAUCGCCCAGCUCGCCCAGAAGCCCUUGUCCGAGCUGACCGCCUUCAAAUCUACGCCCACGAAGAAUUCGGUUCAACUGAAGAAGGAUCUGAUCACCAACUUUCUUAGAAGUCAUCUUUUCAAACGGCUUCAAAAGUGCCCAAUGUGCAAAGCGCGCAACGGAGUGCUGAGAAACGACGGCGCUCGCUCGAUUCUUAUCGAUUUCUCCGGAGGAUCGAGGGGAAAGUCGAAGAAGUCGACGAAGAUCAUCACGGGAGAAGAUGGAUAUCAGGAGGAGUCGUCUACGGACGAGGAUGAGAAGAAGGAGACGGAAAAAGGCGCGGAAGUGGGCGAUCUGACCGAAGGAAGUCUGGAGCAGCAGAUGAAGAGUGUUCGCAUGGGAGACUGUAACAAACUUGCGUGGCGAGGCGCCGAAGUCCGCGAACACUUUCGAGUGCUCUUCAAAAACGACGGAAAACUGCUCCUGAAACUGUUCCCGAUGCUCAUCGACGAGCUGAACGGAGAGGACAUGAUCUGCCCGCUGGACGGUCUGUUCCUCGAGAGAAUCCUCGUGCCGCCCAAGAAGUUCCGUCCGAUUCGCAUGUUCAAAGGCGCGCAGUACGAAGAUCCGCAGACUCUGAACCUCCGCAAAGUUCUCGAGGCCACCGAGACGAUCUCGGCCAUCUCGCUGAUCAUGAAAGGCGAUAAUAGUGCGCAACUGAAAGAGCUCGUCGCUCAGAGAGUGCGCGGAAAGACUAUAAAUGCGCAAAUGCACGAUGCUUACCUUCAAUUGCAACUUCGCGCCAACGCAAUCUUCGACCAGGACCUGAACAAAGGGGACCGCGACUCGAUUGCCGGAAUCAAACAGAUCCUCGAGAAGAAGCAGGGACUCUUCCGAAUGCACAUGAUGGGAAAACGAGUGAACUUUGCGUGCCGCUCCGUUAUUACUCCGGAUCCGUACCUGGACAUUGAUGAGAUUGGAAUCCCUGACAUUUUUGCGAAAAAGUUGACGUUUACGGAGCCAGUGAAUGCGUUUAACCUGAAAGAGAUGAAAGGACUGCUGCGAAAGGGACCGCACGAGCAUCCGGGAGCCAAUUUCUUUGUGGAACCGUCCGGCAAGAAGACGAUGUUGGGCGACAAGCCGGAGGAGAAAAAGCGGAGAAUGCAGUUAGCGAAGACGCUCACGCCGGCCACCUCCGAAUCGCUGCGGCAGACUGCGAAGGUGCUGAGACACAUGCGCAACGGCGACAUGAUCAUGAUGAACCGACAGCCUUCGCUCCACAAGCCCUCGAUCCUGGGGCAUCGCGCCCGAGUGCUCACCGGACAGCGCGCCCUCCGCAUGAACUACGCGCCGUGCAAGGCGUACAACGCGGAUUUCGACGGAGACGAAAUGAACGGACACCUCGUGCAGUCGCACAUCGCACAGACCGAGGUUCGCGAGAUCGCCAACGUCGGCAGCAACUUUCUGGUGCCGAAAGACGCGACCCCGCUGCUGGGACUCAUUCAGGAUCACGUCGUCUCCGGCGUACUCUUGACACUUCGCGAUCGUUUUCUGAACAAGGAGGACUUUAUGCACUUGGUGCUCGCCUCGUUUGCGCAGUACUCGAAGCGCAUUCAGAUCCCGCCGCCCACGAUUCUCUACCCGAAGCGAUUGUGGACCGGAAAACAGGUUUGUACUCUGAAAAAGAUUUGGACAACCCGAAAAAACUAGAAUUUCAAGUGAUUUGCAAACCUCCCACGCCUUAAACCACUCGGCCACCGGUGCCACGAAUUUGAAUCCGGAGGGUAGGGACCACAAAGUGAUUAACAAACUUGUGAAUUUCGGGAAAACACUUAUCGGAAUGUGUUCUAGUGCUUAAAAAUAGUACAUUCCCAAAUUUUUUUUGAAAAAUGUUCGGUACUUCUCGAGUUAAGAACGUUUUUAGUUUGCGCGGUUUGCACUGAAAAUUCAGCAGCGAAAGGGGCGGAGUCUAUUUGGUGGCGGCGGCGCGAACCCACCCGGUUAAGAAAAUGGAGAGAGCGGACAGUUUUAUCACAAAAAUGUAACUUUCUUAUAGUAAAAAUGUUUUCUUUAUCGAAUCCAAAAGUAGACAACGAAAAUUUUUUGAAGUGGGUUCUAACCCGCGACCUCUCGAUUAGAGAAAGUUACUGAAAAUGCGCAGAAAACUGUAAUUUGUGACAUUUCGCCAAGUAAAACGGAUGUUCCCUAGAAGAGAUCUGGUGUAGUUUUUUGUGCUGAAUCCGAUUCUGCCGUCAAAAUCCCGGUGCCGGACCAGUGUCAACCCGAAAACUCCAAAAAACUGAUUUUUCGGGCGAACACGCUAUGUUUGACGAAGUUAAAAAGUAUCUUUUAGGUGUCCAAAUGAUCUGAAAUUUUGUACAGAGAUACUAUAAAAGUUUCUUAACACAUUCCAAAAAUAAAAAUCGGGGGUCACCGCUGAAAACUUUUUUCAGUUUUAAGUGGCAACUGUCUGAAAUUGAUGUUUCGCCAAGUAAAUCUUUAAUUCUGAUUUCAAAAACGGAUUCAGCAUGUCAAGAACUAUCGGAAUGCAUUUUGGGAACCCCGGUGCCGGACUUAUAUUGACCCCAAAAAGUUCCUAGAACUGACACUGUCCGAACAUUUUGCUGUUUUCGCGCUUGUUCGCAAAAACCAUGACAGUUAGGCUCAAACUGACUUGACCACUGGAUUCUGCGUGGUUGAUUACGGAAAGUAAUGUUGCUAGUACACUUUGUGGCCCCUACCGGAGGGACCACUUCUGUUAAUGGUUCCAUAACUGUUCCCGCACAAACGGUCCCUUCCGUUUUCGUUGACCGAAUGAGCGGAAUGUGCUGUAUUCAGAAGCGUGGCAUCGGUGGCCGAGUGGUUAAGGCGUAGGAGUUCCCGUUCCUAUGGUCCCAAAGACCGCGGGGGUUCGAAUCCCUCCCGAUGCAAACAUUUUUCUUUUAUUUCUUUGUACUAAAUAGUCUGAAAUGUUUGGAAAUGCACUUUUUAUGCUGAACGGGAAACAUCGAAAAAAUUCCGACGGUGUUGAAUGAAGUACUGGAGCAUCUGUAAAAAAUAGUUUGAAAAUAGAAAGGAAAAGUAUAGAACAUAUACAACUAACGAGUAGUUAGGUGUGGUUAACAAUGUGAUGCAACUGGAGAAUUAUUUUUGUACAAAUUCAGAAUUCUUUGUUCGUUAUCAGUUAUAACAGACUGUUCACAUUCAAUACAUUAAAAUUCAAACGUUUUCGAAUGAGGAAAGAAGGUGAAGAAAAUCAGAAAAAUUGUGUUUUUGGGCCUCAAAAUUGUUUUUUUGAUAUUACAAGCUCCGGAUAAGCAACAUUUCUGUAAAGCUUUUCGAAAAAGAAUAGAGGAAAUUUUACAAACAGAAAAAGUAAAAGAUAGUCGUAAAAAAGUCGCGCUGUGGCGAAAAGUUGUGAAGACUGAAGAAAAAUCAUAAGUCCAAGAACGCGCGGUCGUCUCGAUUGCUGAAUGAUUGCUAACUGAUUGACCAUCCUUCCCACAUUCACGUCGUGCAUUCGCAUUCCCCCACUCCUUUUCGAGUAUUUUUACUAAUUCAAUGUAAAACUAGUUAGUUUUGAAGUAGAAAUACCGUCAUAUGCUAGCCAGUGCAAAAGAGAAUGGGCCGAACCGGGGAUUGAACCCGGGACCUCUCGCACCCAAAGCGAGAAUCAUACCACUAGACCAUUCGGCCACACGAUCACUUCCAUUCCGAUCACAAAACAACACCCCCAAUGCCUCAUUCCGCGCCGAAACGUUUCCCUUCCGCGCCGCUUUCCGCAAGAAGUUUCUUUGUGUGAAAUGACUUGCGGAAAGAAAAGCGACGCGGAAGGAGGCAUUGGGGGUGUUGUUUUGUGAUCGAAAUGGAAGUGAUCGUGUGGCCGAAUGGUCUAGUGGUAUGAUUCUCGCUUUGGGUGCGAGAGGUCCCGGGUUCAAUCCCCGGUUCGGCCCAUUCUCUUUUGCACUGGCUAGCAUUUCACGGUAUUUCUACUUCAAAACUAACUAGUUUUACAUUGGAUUAGUAAAAAUACUCGAAAACGUCUAUUUUCUCGACACAUCCUAUAUUUUUGGAAAUAGUGCCAGAACCCAAUUGAAAGGCGGCAAAAGAGUACCGCACCGGACGGGAUUCGAACCCGCGAGGUCUGAUGACCAUAGGAGUGCAAACCUCCCACGCCUUAAACCAGUCGGCCACCGGUGCCACGAAUCUGAAUCCGGAGGGACCACUUCUGUUAGUGGUUCCAUAACUGUUCCCGCACAAACGGUCCCUUCCGGUUCCGUUGACCGAAUAAGCGGAAUGUGCUGUAUUCAGAAGCGUGGCAUCGGUGGCCGAGUGGUUACACAGGUGAAUCGCGAAAAGUGUGGAAUUAGUUCGCGAUUUAUCCCAGAUUUUUUCUCCAGGUACACGCGAUGAAGCGAAUUGUUGAUUAAUAACUGACAAAUCGCGAACGGGCAUUAUAUAAUUGACAAAUCCUGCGCAAAUCGCCCAUUGUAUAACAAGCCAAUUUUUCACAAAUCGCACUUGAGACGAGAUAACUUUAUUAAACGAAAAAAGUAACAAAGUAACAGAAUGCAAUGUUAGAGACAAAAGAAGAAGUGAAAGAAAAAAUCGAAAAAAAAAGAAUUGAUCAAUAUUGAGUAGAAAAUCACGUAACAGUCGGCGAUUACUUCUGCGACUUCGCCCUCAUGCUGAAUGUGUUCAUCUUUUCUUUCCUUUUCGAAACGCCAUCGUUUUCUUCCCACACACUAUUUGAAGACGAACAUUGACUGAAAUUGAAUGAUUGAUUUUCUAUGUAUCCUUCUGAAUCUCACCGUCCAACGACCACGUUGUUCGUUUUUGCGAGGAAUAGGCCGUCUGACACUGUUCGAACUCUGCGCCCGGCACACUCGAAUCACUUUUUUAAAUCUUGGUCGGCAUUAAUAACUUCCAGUUAUUCUUCUCUUUUUCCAAAUUCGUUCGCAUUAUCUGAAAUCUUUUUUCUGAUUCAAUUGAAUCAAAAAUCCAUUUUCUCACCUGCGGCUGUCUGUUUCUGGAAGUAUUAGUCGUGGCAAUGAACCAUAACGAAUUGAAAUGCGAAACCUGUAUGCUCUACUUUGGUUUAAUUACAAAAAAGCAUGCGAAAUUGCAAUAAAAACCAACGAAAAUAUGAAAAAAUCACAAAUAUUUGAAUUCAAAAGUGAAACUCAGAGUGACCAGCCCGUUCGCCGAUUUGUCGAUUGUGCACCCUCGUUCGCGAACUUGUCAAUAAUUCACUAAUUAUACAUCAAUCGCGAACAAGCGCGAUUUCUUUAUUAUACACUGUGUUGUGCGCCAAUCUGCUUCUCAUCCCGUUCGCGAUUUGUUGAUAAUUUGUCUACAAUUGGCUCAAUUGUAUAAUUGAUCAACCGCGUUUCACCUGUGUAAGGCGUAGGACUCCCGUUCCUAUGGUCCCAAAGACCGCGAGGGUUCGAAUCCCUUCCGAUGCAAACAUUUUUUUGCUUUCUUUCUCUCUGCUCGAAAUUGUCGAAAAAAUCAGCUUUAUGCUGAAAAUUAUGAGAAAAUUUCAAAUGUUUGUAUUUCAGGUGGUAUCAACAAUCGUGAAAAAUUGCAUUCCGGAAGGCAGACCGCUGAUCAACCUGGACGGAAAAGCGAAAACGCCGCUAAGCUGCUGGGUGGUGCCCGGAUACACCCCGCCCCCGCUCGAGAUGAGCGAGUCGCACGUGGUGUUCCGGCAGGGAGAGCUGCUCGUCGGUGUGCUAGACAAGGCGCACUUUGGAGCGACGCAGUUCGGACUCGCCCACUGCACGUUCGAACUCUACGGACAUCGGUGCGGAGUGCAGCUGCUCUCCUGCUUCUCUCGACUCUUCACCACCUAUUUGCAGGUUAGAAAUUCCAGCCGUUUUCAGUUCAAAUGUCAUUCUUAUUCUGCAAUUCCGUUUUUAAUCGGUAAUUUCAGUACCACGGCUUCACGCUUGGAGUCGCCGACAUUCUCGUCGUCGAAGCAGCCGAUGCGAAGCGAAAAGACGCAGUUUUGGAGUCGAGAACGAUCGGAGAUCAAGUGGUGCGCACAGCGUUCGGUCUUCCGGACACGGCAUCGAAAGCGGAGAUUAAACGGACGCUGGCGGCCACCUACUGCAAUCCACGUGGCCAGGGAACCGACGUAAAGAUGCUCGAUUUCGGAAUGAAGCAGGGCAUUGCUAAGUACAACGACGCGAUCACAAAGUCCUGCGUGCCGACCGGACUCCUCCGGCUCUUCCCGCAGAACGCCCUCCAACUGAUGAUCCAGUCGGGAGCCAAAGGAUCCGCAGUCAACGCGAUUCAAAUUUCGGGCUGUCUCGGUCAGAUCGAGCUCGAGGGUAAGCGUAUGGCCGUGACUGUGGCCGGACGGACGCUUCCCUCGUUCCGAUGCUUCGAUCCGUCGCCACGAGCCGGAGGAUACAUUGAUCAGCGAUUCUUGACGGGCAUGAACCCGCAGGAGCUGUUCUUCCAUACGAUGGCCGGACGCGAAGGACUCAUCGAUACGGCGGUGAAGACGUCGCGAUCUGGAUACCUCCAGCGGUGCAUCAUCAAGCAUUUGGAGGGAAUUCGCGUGCACUACGACUCCACGGUCCGAGAUCACGACGGAAGUGUCAUUCAGUUUAGGUACGGUUGAUUGAAAUUGCUCUGUAAAAUCUGCAAAAAUAGUUAGGUAAUUUUUGAUGUCAGUGGUCAAGAGCUUGAGAUUUUUGAGAGUUGUUUGAUUUUGGCUAAUUUUUAAAAUAUUAUAGACAAAACCCAAUUCUCGACAUUUCAGAUAUGGAGAAGACGGAAUGGACACCACUAAAGCGACUUUCCUCAACAAAAAGACGAUGCCGUUCCUCGAAGACAAUCUGGAAGCGGUGACGCUCGCCUCGAAGCCAGAAGGAGUCACCGACGCCGACUUUGGCAUCAAAGAGACGGAAAAACGCUACAAAAAGAUUGUGAAAUGGAAGAAAAAGGCGGCGAAAUCGCAGAAAACGGCCAAAAAGUCGUAUUUCUCGGCGUUUACUAACUUUUCGGCGGAGCACGAAGGAAUGGACAAAAAGCGAAUUCUGGCCAUGUGGUUUGAGCUUUCGCUCGACGAACGUGCCGAAUACGCAAACGGAAUACCGAAAAAGUGUCCGGAAGCGGUCGACGAGCGCUUCAAUCCGACGUGCAAAUUGGGAGCGCUGCCCGAGAAAAUGCUCGACGAGAUUGAGGGAUUCUGCACGAAAGUGAAGACGAACGAGGAGCCGAAGGAGGUGUUGAAAAGGACACUCUACUGGAAAGGUUCGGUUAUUCUCAAUCAUCCGAUCGUAUUCUGACUUUGCACAUAAUAUUCAGGUCAGAUAAUUCAAUGAGACUGUAAUUUUCACAUAAUACACUAUAUCAAGACAAAUAAUCGUGCAAAGUCAGAAUCCGAUUGGAUGAUUGAUAACUUCUGCAACUAGGUUUAAAAUUCCCCUAAAAACCAAACAACUUCCAGGAAUGCGCUCGCUGGCCGAACCGGGCGAGAACGUCGGACUCCUGGCCGCCCAAUCGAUCGGAGAGCCGUCGACUCAGAUGACCCUCAACACUUUCCAUUUUGCCGGAAGAGGAGAAAUGAACGUGACGCUGGGAAUUCCACGUCUUCGCGAGAUUCUGAUGACCGCCUCGAAGAGCAUCGCCACGCCGAGCGCCUCGAUCGCCGUCAUCGAGGGAACGCCGCGCGAGCGCAUCGAUUCGAUCAAACGGGAACUCGAUCGGGUGUAUCUGAAGCAGUUGCUCAAGAACUUCACGCUGGACGAGAAAAUCACCCUGACGCAGAAGUGAGUUGAGCCUAGAGAUGGAAAUUUGGCAUUUUAGCCUAGAUUUAAGUUUUCACGCCAAAAAUAAGAGUUUCAUCAUUUCUCGCCAAUUUUUUCAAGCAGAAACGUCAAAGAUGGUGAAAAUUAGAAACAUUUUGAGCAAAUUCACCAAAAACUAUUUUCGGUAAACUUUUCGCGCAGAAAGUGAGAAAUUCGUGAGAACAGUCAAAACGACGAUAUUUGCAGUCAAUCGUCGCGUCGCUACCACCUACGCAUCGAAAUCCUCGCAGCGGAGAAGCGAGAACAAGGUGCCCGGCACCUGCAACGAUCGCAGAUUAUGGAGGAGAUCGAGAAGAGAUUCAUCUUACGCGUCGCCCACGCGAUCAAAAAGAAGUACCACGAGGUGACGGACUACCAGCAGAUGUCCCAUCGGACGAUGCGACAGGGCAACAUCGCCGCUGGAAUCGAGACGGGCGGACUGAAAGAACGACGUGGCCUGCAAGGACCGGACAACGGGGACUCGUCGGAUGAGGAAGCCGACGGAGGAAGAGAAGCGGAUGCGGCGGAAGCACGACUUCAUCAGAGACAUCGCGACGAGGGAGCCGACUACGAGGGCGAGGAUGAGGAGCGCGGAGCAGUGAGGGAACCGGGCGAGGAGCCGAUGGACGAGGACGAGGAAGAAGUCAAGAAGGACGUCCCGGAGGACGAGGAAGACGGCACUCACGAGCAGAAGGUGAACUCGUCGCGGAUCCAGGCGGUGCAGCGACUCUCGGAUAACAUCUCAGCCUACACGUACGACGUGAAAUCGAACAAGUGGUGCGAGGUGGUGUUCGAGUUGCCACUGCGCAACAAGACCAAGAUGGACGUGUCGUCGAUUGUCGAGCGAGAAGUCGAGCAGUUUAUUGUGCAUCAGACGGCCGGCAUCGAGCGGUGCGUCGAGACGACCGAGCAGAAGAACGGACGCGAGACGAUCAUUCUGCAGACUCAGGGAGUCAACCUCGCCGCGUUCUUCAAGCACGCCGACGUGCUCGACGUCAACUCGGUCUACUCGAACGAUCUGAAUCUGAUUCUGAUGAACUACGGAGUGGAGGCGUGCGCGAAGGCUAUCACUACAGUAAGUUGGGGAAAGAUUACGGAAUAUUGGAUACGUUUACAGUAAACCGCUUGCUGUAGUCCGUUCAAGCGUGGAUACUGUAGAAGUGAACUGAGAAUGAGGAUAGUUUUUCUGAAGUUUUAUAGAAUCGGCGGGAACGGUGCAAAAUUUCAGGGUUGUGGUAGUUGGACACUUCCCCACUGUAGUUUAUCAAUUUUUAGUAAAAAGCUGUCCGAGCUACAGUAAUCUAGCUUCCUUGCGUUUUUGAAUAAUAACCCCAUAAUAAUUUCAUCCUGGUUACGGUUUCGAAACCUCGAUAUGUGUACAAUUAGUUAGCGUCGGAUUACGCUAAAACCGAUCCCUUGUAAGAUCAGAAAUGUAGGUUCUCUCGCUGAAAAAAUGGUGUCUCUACUCGUCUUGAACCGGCCUUCUUCUUCUUCUUCUUCUCUUCCAACUACUCAACAAUGCUUCGCCUAAUUAACACACACUCUAAUGUGUCACAUGGCGGUCGAGAACAGUUAUAACCGCGGAGGCAAACGGGAGAUUUAUGGUUACCGUCUCUCUGUUUUCUCUCUCUUCUUCUGCUUCUUCUUCUUCUUCUUCUCUCGCCACCGUAAUAGAGAGAGAGAGAGAGCGGCGCGCGUUUUGUUCGCCACGCGUCAGAGAGUGAUUGAUCUCUCCUAUUAAUAGAGAGAGGGCUAUGGGAAUAACGGUCGCGGACUACAUACGGACACGUGAACGACACGCUCGCGCGCGAGGAGUUUUGUGUUCUCAGAAGAGUUUUGCGACUGACGUAGUUGAUCUUCAGAAGACUUUUCGAUGCUGCUGUUGGCCAAUUAGAAGGCGAGGCCGGAUCUCCGUCUCUUUGCAAAAAGAUUGCGGAAGCCGUUUUGGAAUUGGAAUUGGAAUUAGAAUAGCCUAAACUUCUAAACUUUGAACUAUUUACGAUGGAAACGCACAAAGGCCGCGAAACGAGGUCAAAAGUUCAAGAAGCGGUUUUUUUGCGUGUUACAGCGGCGGCGGCGCUUCUUGUGGCUUGUGACGGCUCUAGAAUUUGUCAUAUUCGCUAUCCAUCAAGGAUUACUGUAGGUAGUCUGAUUUUAUGACUAGUACGUAGUAGUCCUGACACUACAGUACAAACUGAUGACCAACUAGUCAACAACCGAGUUUUCCUUCCUCAAAUAGUCCGCGCAUUCCAUUCCAUUCCAAUCGAAUCUCUCUCAGCGCCUGGUACCCGAAGAGACGUAUCUCUUCUAGAAGCCAUUGUGGAAGAGAAACAAAGAAAAAGAGGGUGGGCGGUCCGAAGAAGAAGAAGAAGAAGAAGAAGAAGAAGGAGGAGAGGAGACGGUCUUUCACGUCGCCAGUACGGCCCGAUUAUGUGUGUUCGCUUCUUUCUGAUCUUGCGACGUCACAGUGCCGCGUUCUUCUGCCCUGCUUGUAUUCCUUGAGAGAGAGAAAGAGAGAGGGAAGACGUGCUCUUCUUCUUCUUCUUCUGACUGAUUAUUGACUAUUCGUCUGUCUUCUAUCACGAUGAACAAAUCGAUUAUGAUGAGGAGAGGGAGGAGUCCGCCUCCCCCUUUUCCAUCGGCUACUACUCGACUUUUACUAUAAAAGGGUGAGGAAUUGUGUAUGUCAGUGUCUCAAUUCGGAUAAGGAAGGAAAUGGACACCAGCAGUUAUUUUUAGAUCAACUGGUACUGUUCACUUUGACAAGAUUGAUUGAUGAUCGAAAAAAGGGGACAAAGAAUGGGUUGUUCUCGAUUCUCGGUGUGAAAUUUGGUUUCAAACAGACUUUGAGCACAAGAGGAUGUUUCUAGCAGCUUUUCGGGCUCUUUUGUCGUUUUCAGUAGCAUUCCUGGAAAAAGUGGUCUGAAAAUGGAUUGCAGGCCUAAUCUCUUCAACUUUUGACUUAAGAAUUUUCGAAGACGGGCUAGAACGUUCACCUUUUUUUUUAACUCCUUAAACCCAUCAAUUUGUUUGCAGGAAAUGAACAACGUGUUCGCCGUGUACGGAAUCGAGGUCUCGAAGCGACAUCUCUCGCUUACCGCCGACUACAUGACAUUCACCGGCCAGAUCCAGCCGUUCAACCGCGGCGCCAUGUCGUCCAGCUCGUCGCCGCUCCAGAAAAUGACAUUCGAGACGACGAUGGCGUUCUUGCGCGAGGCCCUCUUGCAAGGUUUGUCUUUUCGGCAGUUUCGCAGAAAGUUGGAAGAUUUUGCAUUAACUUGGUGGCCUUGUCUUUUGAAAAUCAGCGAAAAGAUUGCGGCCGCCGAGCGAAAGUUCACAAUGAUCUAUCUUUUUUUCGGCGGCGGCGCUCGCAGACAGACUGGAUCUCUCUCUCUCUCUCUCAUCUAAACUGAUAAAUCGGCGAGAAAUAGAUGUGGUGUUAUCUUUUUUGGGUACAUAAAGUUGACAGAUCACACUUUCUCUUCCCGUUACCACUUUUUUGUUUAGAGAUACUAUGGUCAUUCGAAUCGAAAUGUUCCUGUUUUAUCAUAUCUCAAAAAAUGAGAGUGUUGGAUUUUCGAAAAAUGCAUCAAAAAUCAGUCAUGAGGGCAGAGAAGAAAGAGACGCGGUGAACUUUGUCGCUGUUUAUACGUGGACGUCGAUUUUUGAGAAUGUUGAGGUCGAAACGGGCCGAAAAGCUCUAAUUUAGCGAAAUUUUAAAGAUUUUUCUUCGCAUCAGUAUAUCUCCAGAUCAGAUAACUCCUUCGGGCUGACACUUUCGAGCUAGACAUUCCCAACCGAAACUAAUCUUUGUGCCAAGUUAGGAUUCAAUGUCAUGAUUACAAGUGGGUAAAAAAAAACCAGGAUUCGAAACUUUCACUGAUGCUCACAUGCCUGAAAUCCUGAACCUCGAAACUUUGAAAGUCUCCAAUCUUGGCCUAGCUUAUCACUUUUUUUCAAAGAUCCCCUUCUUCUGAGUCUUCUUCCUGUUUCUGCGCUUCUUCUUUGAGAAUACAACGGGACGACGUCUUUAGCGCAAUGAAAAUCGUCUGCACGCAUAAGUAUGACGCGUGAAGAUCAUUGAAGAACGCUCGCCGCUAUUCUUUGCAAAUUGGACUGCUUUUGCAGCCAUACUUUGUCCCCCUUUUUGCCUUUUUCCCAUCAAAAGAUGUAGUGCCCGGAAGUACGGUAGCCGAGGGGAAAUGACGGGAUAUUGAGCGCAGAUCACAGCUCGCCGCUCCAAGAGCCCAUGCGUUUGUUGACACUCGCCUGCUCCGCUCCACGUGAAAUGACGUGGCGAGACCAGUGUUAGUCACCUCUGUCCAACUGGACAUUGGAGGAGGAAAAAGAAGAAAAGGCCGAAGCACAGUGAUGGUAGUUGCCGAAGGACUCGUGAAAUCGAUUGCCCCACUCCACAGUACUCUCGUCGAGUAUUAUUAUUGGGUUGUUUGUCGAACAAGGAAGGGUCCAGUGUCCCUGACCAAUCAUGCUUGUGAAAGUGAAGACUACCACGUGGGGCCGCCAGUUGACGAGCGGCGAGAAAGAAGAAGAAGAUACUGGAACUGAUUUCACGUGAAACACGGCGCGAACGCGGAUCUUUGAUUGUGUCUGGGUGCAUUUUGGGUGCGAAAUGUGGUAAGGACACGAGGGUUUGAGCCUUUGUGAUCCAAAAUUGAUCAGCGAUCCAAAAUUGAUCAGCCUUUUCCGAUAGAUUACGGUAAUUCGGGCUUCGUAAAGAUCCAUAUCAGCUAACUCAUAGACUUCCGUGUUUUUUGUUUGAGCGGACACCUCGUCUUAGUAGUAGCCGUCAAAACAUAUUUUCCUCAAUAUCAUUUCCUCAUCAAAUCGAGCAGCCCCCGAGUGAGUGAGUGAGUGAGUGAGUGUUCCACCGACACGGGCACCGUUUCGAACAACAGGCUCUCGACGAUGGCAACAAGAAAUUUAGGAAGAGAAGAAGGAAGAAGAGGAAGAAGACUUGUUUAUUUGUGUUUUGUUGAUUAGCGCCUUUUCGCCUUUUUCAAUCUUUUCGCCAUCUAUCAUCGUGCCAAUGAGAAAUGAGAACUUUUUUGAUGGUGAGCGUCAGUGACAGCGCGUGUAGCGGUUUUUUAGUAGUUUACGUACCCUUGCCGGUCAGGUUUCAGACUAGAUGCAGUUGAUCAGGUUAUAAGAAAACUUUGAUAGGGAAACCGAUGAUAUCAUAGUAAUUGAUGCUUCUGCUCAAAAACAUGCCCUUUGGCUAGUUGAUACUGUCCACGUCUUUGUUUUUUCACGUGUACCCACGAGUGCAUCCAUCAUCUUCUGACUACAUCUUCAGAAAUCACCGCCGUAGGUCAUUAUCAUUAGGAUGUGUGAUGUGUCUUCCCGUGCAUCUCACUGAUUCGACGAUGGUUGAUAAGAAAAGAUUGGCUUGAUUAUAGUGAGAAUGUUUUCUCUUAUAGUUUAGUUUCGGAUGUGUGGCUAUUUAUCACGUUCGGCGUGGCGGCUAUUGACGCACCGGAUAGGCAGGUGAUUCGGCUAGUGAGUAAAUGGUUUUUGUUUUUUGUGACUCACUGGGAAGUUGGCGUCUGGAAAUGAGUCAUUUUGAGAAGGGGGUCAGAGUAUUUUUCUUUUUUUUAGGCCCAAAAAGUAUCAUAUUCCAUAGUUUAUCAUUGACAAAACGUUAUCAUCCGACUGCGUGAGCACUCACUUGACAUGCUCCCCCCCCCUCAUCAUUGAUAACAUUUUGAACUCUAAAAUGUGCUUUCACGACAAAACGACCGAAUUUUUCAGGCGAAGAAGACAAUGUGAACUCGCCGUCGUCGCGAAUCGUGAUGGGCGCUCUGCCACGUGGCGGCACCGGAUCGUUCGACCUGCUGCUCGACCCGAACAUGAUCUCAGAACGGGAGGAACACGAGGCCGCCCGUGCAUUGAAACGUGGCAAAAAGAAGACCACAUUUUAG